UAUUGGGUCCACGGCCUGACGAUGAGGCUGCACUUCAUCGCGCUGGUCGUUUUCGCCACAGCGGCAAGCCUAUGCGAUGCGGGGUCCCUGCGGCUGCACGAGAGAUACUUCGCUGAUGACGAGGCUUACAUCGUUGAUACACUCAAGGACAUUGGAAGAACACUAAAGGAUCAGUUCCUCGUUAUCGGCAGCCAGCUACAGAACAAGACUCAAGAAUUGAAGGAAGCCGUUGGAGUUCACGCCCAGCAAGUUAAAGAGCAAAUCAAGGCUCUCGGAGAGCAGCUGAAGAAAUCCCGUGACGCACUUGCAAAGAAGCUUUUCGAACUCUUCAGCCCUGCGAGAUACUCGGACUCCGAUGGUAAUGCCUUCCAAAUAUUAGCAUCCCUUGCCAAUUUAAGAGGGAGGCUUGAGAAGUUCCUUAAAGAAGUUCAGUCAGCUACCGGCGAGAAGUGGGAAAAGUUGAAGGCGCUCAUCCAGGAACUGCGCAGCGAGAUCAGGCAGAAAGUGCAAGAGCUUCUCCAUGGUUCCAGUGCUCCCGCCACCUACGCGGCUCUCGAUGGGUUUGGGGAUGACGAAGACGAGGCUUACAUCGUCGAUACACUCAAGGACAUUGGAAGAACACUAAAGGAUCAGUUCCUCGUUAUCGGCAGCCAGCUACAGAACAAGACUCAAGAAUUGAAGGAAGCCGUUGGAGUUCACGCCCAGCAAGUUAAAGAGCAAAUCAAGGCUCUCGGAGAGCAGCUGAAGAAAUCCCGUGACGCACUUGCAAAGAAGCUUUUCGAACUCUUCAGCCCUGCGAGAUACUCGGACUCCGAUGGUAAUGCCUUCCAAAUAUUAGCAUCCCUUGCCAAUUUAAGAGAGAAGCUUGAGAAGUUCCUUAAAGAAGUUCAGUCGGCUACCGGCGAGAAGUGGGAAAAGUUAAAGGCGCUCAUCCAGGAAUUGCGCAGCGAGAUCAGGCAGAAGGUGCAAGAGCUUCUCCAUGGUUCCAGUGCUCCCGCCACCUACGCGGCUAUCGAUGGGUUUGGGGAUGACGAAGACGAGGCUUACAUCGUCGAUACACUCAAGGACAUUGGAAGAACACUAAAGGAUCAGUUCCUCGUUAUCGGCAGCCAGCUACAGAACAAGACUCAAGAAUUGAAGGAAGCCGUUGGAGUUCACGCCCAGCAAGUUAAAGAGCAAAUCAAGGCUCUCGGAGAGCAGCUGAAGAAAUCCCGUGACGCACUUGCAAAGAAGCUUUUCGAACUCUUCAGCCCUGCGAGAUACUCGGACUCCGAUGGUAAUGCCUUCCAAAUAUUAGCAUCCCUUGCCAAUUUAAGAGGAAGGCUUGAGAAGUUCAUUAAAGAAGUUCAGUCAGCUACCGGCGAGAAGUGGGAAAAGUUGAAGGCGCUCAUCCAGGAACUGCGCAGCGAGAUCAGGCAGAAAGUGCAAGAGCUUCUCCAUGGUUCCAGUGCUCCCGCCACCUACGCGGCCCUCGAUGGGUUUGGGGAUGACGAAGACGAGGCUUACAUCGUCGAUACACUCAAGGACAUUGGAAGAACACUAAAGGAUCAGUUCCUCGUUAUCGGCAGCCAGCUACAGAACAAGACUCAAGAAUUGAAGGAAGCCGUUGGAGUUCACGCCCAGCAAGUUAAAGAGCAAAUCAAGGCUCUCGGAGAGCAGCUGAAGAAAUCCCGUGACGCACUUGCAAAAAAGCUUUUCGAACUCUUCAGCCCUGCGAGAUACUCGGACUCUGAUGGUAAUGCCUUCCAAAUAUUAGCAUCCCUUGCCAAUUUAAGAGGGAGGCUUGAGAAGUUCCUUAAAGAAGUUCAGUCGGCUACCGGCGAGAAGUGGGAAAAGUUGAAGGCGCUCAUCCAGGAACUGCGCAGCGAGAUCAGGCAGAAAGUGCAAGAGCUUCUCCAUGGUUCCAGUGCUCCCGCCACCUACGCGGCUAUCGAUGGGUUUGGGGAUGACGAAGACGAGGCUUACAUCGUCGAUACACUCAAGGACAUUGGAAGAACACUAAAGGAUCAGUUCCUCGUUAUCGGCAGCCAGCUACAGAACAAGACUCAAGAAUUGAAGGAAGCUGUUGGAGUUCACGCCCAGCAAGUUAAAGAGCAAAUCAAGGCUCUCGGAGAGCAGCUGAAGAAAUCCCGUGACGCACUUGCAAAGAAGCUUUUCGAACUCUUCAGCCCUGCGAGAUACUCGGACUCCGAUGGUAAUGCCUUCCAAAUAUUAGCAUCCCUUGUCAAUUUAAGAGAGAAGCUUGAGAAGUUCCUUAAAGAAGUUCAGUCGGCUACCGGCGAGAAGUGGGAAAAGUUGAAGGCGCUCAUCCAGGAACUGCGCAGCGACAUCAGAGAGAAAAUUCAGGAACUUCUUGGUAAAAAAGUAAAUGCCACCAAACAAAGCGACAAAGACCAAGACAAAAUACGGAGGAGCUCCCCUUUGGCGGAAAGGGCGCUCUCUUUAGCGACAAGAAUGUUCUCUCUCAGGUGGCGUUUGGCUGUACUACUGAAGGAACUGGAUGAGGGACAGGAAAAGUUUGAUGAUGUCAAAUCAAAGAUUGAAAGCUUGCGUAGGGAAAUCAGGUACCAGGUUGGGCUCUACUUUAAUCGAACCAAGGACCAACCCUCUUUCUACUACGCGUCCGAUGACGAUGCCAAAGAGGGUUACGUUACCGAUACGCUGAAGAACGUUGCUCUUACUUUGAAAGAGAAAUUCCUUGUCCUUGGAGAAAAGAUCAAGGCCAAACUUGCUGAGCUUAAGGUGGCUGUUGGAGAGCGCGCACUUUUGAUCCAGGCGCAGCUUAAGGACCUUUAUUCGCAGCUUCAACUGGCCAGGGAAGAUCUCAAAAAGCAGCUUUUCGAACUUUUUAGGCCUGCAGCAUAUGCAUCUUUCCAAGUAACAGCCGUUAAUAUCUACGAAAAAUUAAAUGUAAUUCGACAAAAGCUUCUUAAAUUCCUUGAAGAUGUUAGAACCCUUACUGAGGACAAAUUGGAGCGCACUAAGGAAGUUAUCGCCGAGCUGCGCGAAGAGAUACGGCAAAAGGUGCGAGAGCUGCUCGUAGGACAAACAGGUGUAGCCAUGUACGUGGCUGAAGACAGUGCGCCCAAGGUAAGCGUGAUAGACACGCUGAAGGAAACAGCGAGAACAUUGAAAGAGAAGUUUCAAACACUCGGUCAAAAAAUUAAAGCUAAAGUUGGCGAGCUCCGAGAAGCGGUUGGGGAGCACGCUGUUCUUGUAAAGCGGCAGUUAGAAUCUCUGAAGUCGCAGUUUAACAAAGCCCACAGCGAUCUCAUGGAGAAGCUCUUCGCCUUGUUCAGACCUGCGCAAUAUGACACUAUCAACAAAGCACCAGACGAAGAACAGCACCUCUCGUUGCUGAAAAUGAAACUGCAACGCCUCCUUUCUACAACUGGAGCCUCCCCUGCAGAAGAAUGGCCUGCCUUGGAAGACGCAGUCUGGGAACUGUGUCAGGAGAUUGAAGCGUAUGUCAAGAAGUACCAGUAGGCAGAAUUGUACAAACAAUCUACAUUCACUCUGCUGCUCUUCAAGUACGUCGUAGAGGUUUCACUCUUGAACAUUAUUGCUUGAAUAAAGUUAAUUACAGUA